AUGCCGAGAAGUCAUGUAAUGCAUAUAAAUAUAAUGGAAGUUUAGGGGUGAGUAGACGUCCUGGCUCAGAGUCAGCAGUUAGUUCUGGAGGAUGCAAAGCUGGCAAUAAAAUGUGCGCAAGCGUGAAAAAAAUUGGUUUUCAGCCGAAAAUCAAGGCUUGUGAUAUAUGCUGCAGUGAAUCUGGUUUUUGCCGUGAUUGCUGCUGCAUCCUGUGCUGUGGGUGUGUUGAUUCUGCUCGUGGAGGAUUUAGCUUCAUUAGAUGCCAGGCAAUACUGGAGAAAGAUCUUACAUGUGGGCAUGUUGCUCAUAUUGACUGUGCCCUUCGUGCUUAUAUGGCUGGCACUGUGGGAGGAAGCAUUGGUUUGGAUGCGGAGUAUUAUUGUAGAAGAUGUGAUAAUAAAACAGACCUUAUACAACAUGUCAUAAAGAUGAUGGAAAUUUGCAAAUCUUUUGAUUCCCCUGAUGAUAUUGAAAAGGUUCUGAAUUUGGGCUCUUGCAUUCUCUUUGGCUCGGAAAAAGUUAGAGCAAAGAAAUUGCGUUAUUCCAUCGGAACAAUCGUGUCAAAGCUUAACCUUGGAAUCAGUCUUACUGAUAUCUGGAAAGCAGAGAAUGACUUCUUAACAGUUUCCGCAGCUCCUUCUGGUAAGGAAGUAGUAUUACUUGAUUCUUCGGAAAAUUCAAGAGCUGACACCCCCAUCGAAUCAAUAUGUGAUGCCGGAAAUUCAUUUCAUAAUGUUCCAAAUGAAAGGGAACGAGAGGGGCCAUUAUACAUAACAUCAGAUCAUAAAAUUGUCUCUGCUAAGCUUGAAGAUGAAAUUGAUCGCGCCCUUCAUAAUUUGAAAAAAUCACAAGAAUCUGAAUACAAGAUAGCAGAAGAAAAGCUUUAUGCCCAGAAAGACUUUCUUCUCAGUCUUUAUCAGCAGCUCGAAGCAGAAAGAGGCGACCUCGGCAGGCAGGCGCCGUUAUCCAACGGCCGUGAUAGUGAUGCUUUGCUCACCAUCGUUUUGACGAGAGUGGAUCAGAUAAAGAACGAAGAAAUGAAACUUAAGCAAAUGAUGAGAAUCGCCGACGGAUUCGGGCGCACCCCUGGAACAAUCCUUAGGGAGUGCUUCGAUAUCUUGGUCGAUGAUUGAACCAAAUUGACUAUUCUUGUCUAUCACUCACGUUAUGGUGUUGUGCCGCAGUUGUUUGGGUGAGGGUGGGACUUUCAUUUCCGCAUGGUUGAAAUGGCAAUGAGGGGGCAAGAUGUAAUGAAAGUGGCUCAGUAGUCAGGACCUCCUGUAACUUUCAUCUUGUUUAACAGCACAAAUAAUUUCCUUCAUUUGAUAUAUUUAUUUCAUUUACAUGCUCAACUAGUAGCAUUUUAACAAGGACUUUGCAAGCAAUUGCAUUAACAAAUGAUUGCUAAGUUUGGCAUAGUGUGUGGAGAUCUUCUCUGGAAAUAGAAAUUUUGAGCAGUCAAAUAAUUAUUUUUGAUAAUAUGUGGU